AAAAUGAAUGGGAUUAUGUCGCUGUGUGUCGCUGGCGGUGUGAACGGGGCUUAACACGGAUGAGCGUAAACGAAAUGUCACCAGUGACAGCAGUGUGGAUGCAGCAGCACAGGCAGUGGAAUCCAUUGUGGGUGCUGAUGGGUUGAACUGCUUAAUUAAUAAUGCAGCGAUUAACAUGACGACUGAACUGGACACAGUCCCUCGAGAUGCCAUGAUGAAAACCCAUGAGAGUAACACAGUGGCUCCUCUCUUUGUGACCAAGAUAAUAUGACUGGAUUAAUUACCAUCCACAGGCAACUAUAAUCUAACGCUCUUAUAAACUUUCUUAUUGGUAUUUUAUUUUCAGAAUUUAUUCAUUGAAAUCAAAAGUUCCUCUUUAUUGAAUACCCAUCAUCUUUUUCAGGCUUUCCUGCCAUUGUUGAGAAGGGCGGCAGCUGAAGGCAGUGACAUGGGAAUCCAGGGAGCCGCAGUGAUCAAUGUGUCGUCCAUCCUGGGAUCUGUGCAGCUCAACUGGGGCGAGGGGGCAAGCUGCAAGAGGAGUGCCUUGAAUAUGGUUACGAGGUGUUUGGUUACCGAUCUGGAAACUGAGAAGAUCUUGUGCGUCGCCCUUCACCCUGGUUGGGUGUGCACUGAUAUGGGCGGACCAACGGCUCCUUUGAGCCCAGAGGAGAGCAUAUCAUCAGUGUUGUCUGUCAUUUCUGGAUUAACGGAGAAACAUCAUGGUUGGAUAUGUGGACUACACUGGAAAAAGCUUACCCUGGUGAUCUCCAUAUUGUCCGAGUGCCAGAUGACCGCUGAGAAGCUAAGACCGGAAGAACAGCCUGCAGUAUAAAUUAUUCAUGUUUC